UUUGUGUAGUCCAUGUAGGAACCAGAUUUUGACAUCUAUAAAUACACCGCCUUCUCUUGGUGGUUUGAGCAUCAAUUUAUAGCAUUGUCGAGUUGGUUCGAACCCAUCGCUCUAUCAGGUAAUUUUCUUUCAAUAUGAAUUUUCGUCACUUUCUUCACAGCUCUACAUGUUUGUGGUAGAAAAUUCAUAUCUCGAUGUAGGAACGUCGAAAUCAUGAUCCGCUUGAUGUUUCGAAACUAGACUCGUAGAGCUACGUCACACGCGGAAACCACGACCAAAUUGCUUCUAUAUUUGCUUAGAUAUUGAUCGAGAAUCAGACUUUGAGUUCUGGUUCGCUGGUUUAUUAGUCUUGUGCGUCCUGACGAAAAAUCUUAUAUCUUGACUUAGGAACAUCGCAAUCACGAACGGUUUGCGGCGUCGGAAAGAAGACUCAUAGAGCUACGUCAUAUACGAAAACCACAAUCAAAUUGCUUCUAUAUUGGCUCAGGUCUUUGGGGGCAUCUGUACGGCUUUAACUUUAAACAAAGAUGAUGCACUUUCGUGACCGCGAUACGCCACGUCCUCAUCUAGAGAUAGUGAGCGACAAACGAAAUUCGAACGCCAAAGUCCUUGCCUUGGAGGUUCAACCUCCAGUGAUCGGUGCCUUCUCACUUGACGGAGAGCUUUCUACGCUUCAUCUUGCUGAAUGGUCUAAAAAGGAGACCAAAGACGUCAUGAGCAACUUCUCAGGCAAGGCCACUGUUAUGGACGUCCCUCUGUUGAAGUCCGCAAUUCAUCGAGAAGUCGCGCCCACCGAAUCUUCUCAUCCCAAUGGAUGUUUCAACAACUGGAGUGUCCCGCCUUCUGGUUUCGGCAAAGUUUGCUACACACCCGGCUACUGGGAGUGGGUGGAAGAUGUGCUUCCUCGCUAUAAGGAAGUCUUGGAGCGUGUCAAAGUUUACGAUGCCAUCUACGCUUCUUUGUUUACAUAUGAUUAUGAUGACAACGUACUUGCAUGCUUUUUGUGAGCUUUGGCGUCCGUCUACCAAUACGCUUUCCACUUUCGUCGGGGAGAUGUCUAUCUCACUUUGGGACUUACGAACAAUUGCGGACUUCCCAUUCACGGAUCUUUUUAUGAUGAAGUUGUUCCUUCGGCGAAAGAAUUGACGCAAAUGGACAAUCAAGGGAAACCAUGGCUCCCCAAGAGCUGUCUAUACUUAUUUUCAGCCUUUUACAAACUUGCCGAAGGUGGCCAUCAUGAGGUGUCCAUCCAUGAUUGGGUGAAAUUUUGGUUUAGAGGACCAAGCAGGUACGCAGAGCCUCCGCAAAGGGCGUCAAAGGGUCGUGCAACGAAGCCAAGAUUGAAUCACAAUCCUUCCGGGCAUAUUGACAUGAAUUACUUACCACGAACCGAUGAGGAGCAUGCCCCCUUCGUCGAGCUAGGAGUGGAAGACUCACUUAGAGAUGAGACGAAUUUGUCGGCUUUCCUAACAUGUUGGCUCUGCAAGUUUGUUCUCCCCCAUAAGAAAAUUGACUACGUGCGUGCUAGCGUUCUUAAAGUGGCGAGCUUGAUGGCUCAUGGAGAGAAAUUCUCUUUGGCGGUUCCAGUCCUUGCGAGCAUAUAUCGUGGCUUGAGAGAGAUCUCUACUUCUCCAGACUUGAGGCAGGGGAAUAUAAUUUUCCCCAUACACUAUGUAUAUGGCUGGCUAGGAGAAUAUUUUAAGACCCAUCAUCGUGCCAAUCACUCACAUCGGAGUAUACCUUUAUGCAAGAUUUCUGGCGAGAAGAUGGCCAAAUACUUCAAUUUUUCUGACGCCCGAAAGUUAUUUCAACAAGAUGAUGCCCGCCACCUCCAUCAUUUGGCGUUGCUACAAGGUAGGGAAUUAUACUUCACCGAUACUGGCGAUCUCUCAGAUUCAUGGAACGAUACUAUCAUAAGCCUUCGUUCGAGCUAUGUUACACUUAGGCAUGAUGCGGAUCUCAUCGUGGAGUCCUAUAGUCCUUAUAGGUUUAGCAGACAAUUUGGUUUUUGUCAAGACAUCCCUGGAGACCUCAUGGAGCGACCAUACGAUGGCACAUUGCUAACACUAGCGCAACUUUGGAAUUCAUCGAUCCGCCUUGGAACCUCUUCAAAGGUCAUAAUUCCGGUGCGCCCAUCAGAAGGCAGUUCACCUUUAAUGACUCGCGAGUACAUGGAAUGGUGGCUAGCCAAUCGGACAAAUCCAUCAGAAAUGAGUCCUCGAAUUAUUUCACAAAAAUCAAAGCAAGAUCAUACACCUAUGUUGUCCAAAAGAGGUCCGACUCGAAUGAAAGAAAAACCGCAUCCUUCUUCCAAGUCCGAGGUGCAACUUAAUGAUACCCCGCAAGCUCUUGAAACUUCUUCUAAGUCCAAAACCUUGAAGGAUGUUGAAAUCCCUAUGGACAAAGGAGUUAAACGCAUCCGACUAGUCUCCAAGACAAGUGCUACGGCUCCUAAGGUGACCAACAAUACUUCCAAAAGAAGGGAGCCUUCGAGUUCAUUGGACAAGGGCGCCAAAGAAACAUCAAGUCUCGCACCACCUUGCAACAAAAAGUCUCGCCCUUCCUCUCUUCCUAUCGAUGUUGGAAAUACCAUCGCAGCCUCUAGUUCGACGGAGAGUAAUACAAGUGGAGAUCGACAUUGGAAUCGUUUAGAAAGGAAGUCGAAGGAGUCCGACGAUCACCAUAACGAAUUCGCUGAUUUGGACACUAUUAGCAUUGGAUCUGAUAUCCAUCUGGAUGGGGAUCCAAACUCAAUGAUGGGCUUGGAAGAAGUAGCAGAACAAUUGGGUUUCCAGAAACUAGACGCGAUGAAUGCGGCUGAAGUUGUCGUUGAUCAGAUUACACAUCCGAAGACCUUCAGACCUUCCUCACAGCCAUUGCAACCUAGCGCGUCGAGCUUUGAUCCACAAGGGACUAUUUUCCGCUUCAAAUCAACCUUCGUCUCUGAGAUAUGGGGUGCAUUGUGCGGAUGGAUUACACAAUUUUCUUUAGGUUCCUUAGACAGCUUUAUGGUGUUGGAGGCAAGUAUUGCUUCGACUCUUGAGGAACUUAGGAAAAUCAAUAUUAUCGAUGUUUCUGCUUUGGAGGGUCUUGUCGAGAACUUCUUCAAGGCGUAUGCGGAGUAUGACUCUUUGAAAUCAUCGAAGAUGACUAAAGAAUUACACCAAGAAUCACUUUCAGAUGCACAACGACGCCUUGAUGAUGCUAAACAAGAACAUGGAAAGCUAGAUGGGUCCAUGAAGGAGCUUCAAGCAAAUCUUGCGAAUGUGGAGAAAGACUUAGCAGCCUUGAACUCUAAGAAGGAGAAGAUUAUCGCAUUCCUUGACAAAUACCAAGAGGAGUUGUCCAAAAAUCAAGAGAAAAUCACCAUUACAGAGGGCGAGAUUUAUACUAUUGAAGCUAAUCAUGUGUUGUCUGAUGAAGAAGCAGAGAGACUAUCCAAACUUGAAGAGGCGGUUGAGAAGAGUCGUCAACAAAUCCUAUGCUUCAAGCCUUUUCCGUGACUUAGAUUCUUGCUUAGGAUUUUUACUUUUUAAUUGCUUAUUAUGAUGUAGUGACAUUCCUUUCUUGAAGCAAUAAAAGUAGUCGCCUUUAUUUCAAUAUGAA